AUGCCGUCUGAUACCAUGACAGGCUCACCGGCGGGCUCCAGCUCAGCUCUGCCCUCCUUCUACUCUCCCAAGACAGAGGCUGCAGAUGCUUCUACCUCGCACAACGAACAAUCCCUUGAGCAAUCCAUAGACUCAUUAUCACUCUCCCCCGCUCCAUCCACUCCCGCCUCCGCUUCCGUCUCCGCCCACCCCGAUCCCGAGACGCCGAUCGGCCAAGAACCUCCGCCUUCACUGCUCUCGCCAUCAUUCACGCCUCCCUCUACCCCCGGUACUUCUACGCCGUCGACUGCCGGACUUCGCGGUGUUCCAGUCGAUAGCUCCAUUCCUUCCGGAGGAUGCGGAUCCAAGAAACCCAAGCUCCUCCAGACUCUCCCGGAGGUUGAGUGCAUUGUUCGUGCCCGUAUUCCCACGGUAGCGGGCACAGAGAUGUUCUUACACUUGUACACCAAUAAUGUGGAUAACAAGGAACACCUUGCUAUUGUGUUUGGCAACAAUAUCCGAAGUAAGAGUCUAGAUGCUGUUCGAGAGGGCGAGACCGAGAUGGACCGCAUGGUGCGCGGCGCAUACACGGGCAGACUGUUCCCCGGUCGCACAACCAGUGGUGUCGAGUCAGCAGCCCCUCAAGAGCAACAGCCACCGCAGCCGUCAGAACAGCCUCCCCUGGUAAGAAUUCACUCCGAGUGCUACACAGGUGAGACAGCAUGGUCAGCGCGAUGCGACUGUGGUGAACAACUCGACGAAGCAGCUCGUCUGAUGGGUCUACCUGGUAACAAGGCUGGUGGUAUUAUUAUUUACCUGCGACAAGAGGGUCGUGGAAUUGGUCUUGGCGAGAAGCUCAAGGCUUAUAAUCUUCAGGAUUUGGGAUCUGAUACUGUUGAAGCGAAUUUGUUGCUUCGACAUCCUGCUGAUGCUCGAAGCUAUGGCUUGGCUACGGCUAUGUUGCUUGAUCUUGGGCAGCCAGAGGUUCGAUUGUUGACCAACAACCCUGACAAGAUUCGCGCGGUUGAGGGCCCUAAUAGGGAGGUUGUGGUUAGAGAGCGGGUGGCUAUGGUUCCUCUGUCCUGGAAGGGUCGGGGAGGGUUCAGGAGUCAAGAGGUGGAGGGCUAUCUCAAGACCAAGAUUGAGAAAAUGGGACAUAUGCUCGAUAUGGCAGCGCUCCCACAGUAG